AUGGGUGCUUCCAUCCUAGUGAGGCUCCAAGCCUACACAGAACCUCUCUUUCUCCUGAGUAUUUCAAUCUUUUACUUGCCGAUAACACUCCUUUCCCAUCCCUUCCUGCUCCUUGUGUCACCAUCAUCCUUCCGGUCGAAAUGGUUCGAGAACUUCUGGCGGGUCGUAGGACCCAAAAUGGCGGCAAACGAAGUCCAGGUCAAGCAUAUCGGAGAGCUCCUUUCUCGGGCACAUGGGAAGGUCCUUGAACUGGGCCCAGGAGCGGGUGAUCAGAUGUUUCAUUACAAGGCUGGACAGCUUGAGGUGUUAUACGCCGCAGAACCAAAUGCAUUCUUGCACGGAAAAUUGGGUGAAGCUGCGGAGAAGUAUGGUCUCGGAAGCAAGAUGGUGACUUUGGAAGCAGGUGCUCAGCCGGGGAGUUUGUUACCAGCACUGAAGGAAGCCGGCCUAAUCUCUGGCACCACCUCAAGUUUGCCAGACGAAGGUGUCUUUGAUACGGUCGUGGCAGUAAAGUCUCUGUGCUCGGCACCGCAAAAGCAACUUGCGGCGACCGUCGCUGUGAUUCAAGCUCUGCUGAAACCUGGUGGCGAGUUCCUGUUCUUUGAGCACGUUGACAACAGCACGGACAUAAUUACCAUAUCCUACGCCUGGCUGGUAGACUGGAUCUGGCCUGUAUUCAUGGGCGGCUGUCGGCUGAAUGGAAAGCUCGAUAAGGUCGUUCUGGGGAUGGGAGGCUGGGAUGAAAGGAGAAUAACAACCGUGGGGGACUUCAAAGGGCAUGAAGUACGUCUGUUCCUUGUCGUGGUAUAUGAUUAG